UUGAAGAUUAUGGACCUGACUGUGAUAGCAUGAGGAUAACAGCAUUCUUGGAUAUUCCUGGACAGGAUAAUUUAUCUCCACUGGCACGUCUAGAAAAAUAUGCCUUCAGUGAUAACAUAUUUAACAGGCAAAUUAUUGCCAGAGGUCUUUUGGAUGUCUUUCGAGAUUUCAGUAAUAAUGAAGAAGACUUCCUGACUGUAAUGGAAAUAGUAGUCAGACUCUCUGAAGAUGCAGAACCAACUGUACGUACAGAGCUGAUGGAACAAAUACCUCCUAUUGCCAUUUUUCUACAAGAAAGUCGACCAAGAUUCCCAACAGCGUUUUUUGAGUACUUGAUGCCCAUAGUAGUGAGAUACCUCACAGAUGUUAACAAUCAGGUUAGAAAGGCAGGUCAAGAAGCACUGCUUAUACUGCUAGAACAAGAUCUUGUUGCUCAGAGUGACAUUGAAAAUAAGGUGUGUCCAAUUCUGUUGGACCUCUCUGCUCCUGACAGUGAUGAUGAGUACAAGGUGGAAGCUGUGAAUAUAAUCUGUAAAAUGGCUUCUAUGUUGAGCAGAACAACAGUUGAGCACAUGCUGCUUCCUCGUUUCUGUGAACUGUGCAGUGAUGGGAAAUUGUUUCAAGUCCGAAAGAUUUGUGCAGCUAAUUUUGGUGACAUUUGUAAUGCAGUUGGGCAAGAAGCCACAGAAAGACUGCUGAUUCCCAAGUUCUUUGAACUCUGUUCUGAUAGUGUUUGGGGAAUGAGAAAAGCUUGUGCUGAAUGCUUUAUGGCAGUGUCUUACACCACAUCCCCAGAAGUUCGUAGAAGCAAAUUAUCCCCACUGUUUAUCAGUCUUAUUAGUGACACUUGCAGAUGGGUUCGUCAGGCUGCUUUUCAGUCUCUUGGCCCAUUUAUCUCUACCUUUGCAAACCCUUCAAGUGCUGGUCUUUACAUUCGAGAAGAUGGGACACUGAGUAUCCGACCAUCAAUGCAAGAUGUGAAUUCCAGUUCCUGUCAGCCAAGCAACAAUAUAACUCUAAAGUCCUCCAGUACAAAUGCUACGUUGUCCAGUUCAGAACAACCAAUGGAAAUCAAACCAGAAUCAUCAACUGAAGAGACUUCAGCUGAAGUUAAUACAAAGCUCUCAGUUGAGAACCUAAAUAAAGAUACACGGGAAGAAAGUUCAGAUUGUUGUACCAAUCCCGGAGAAGAUGUGUCUCGAUUGCCUCAGGGUGACAAAGUUGCUGCUGGUGUCACAGAAGUCACUAAGGACAGCAGUUUUCCUGGAACAAACUCAAGGCUGCAGUCUACUGAGGACGUGUUUAGUACUUUUCUAUACUGGCGCCCUCCUCUGCCUGAUAUAAGUCAGGAUCUGGAGUUGCUUCAGUUCAAGACUGAAAAGCACAAAGAUAGCUCCUCUAUACCAUGUAGUAACUGUGUUGCUAGUACUGAAAUAAAAAAAGUUCUAGAAACCUUACAGGAACACAUAGAUGAUCCAGACGUUCAAGCUCAGGUCCAAGUGUUGUCUGCUGCUCUCAGAGCUGCUCAGUUUGAUUCUGUUGGUGACUGUGAGACCAAAAAAAUGGAAGAAAGCAAACUUCAGAACAAAACUAUUUCAGAUGAAGCACCUGUUUCAGAUACUACCUGUGACCAAGUAGAGGAGGACACUCUGUCAUCCCCUGCCUCCCAGAAUAACAUCAGUGACCAGUCUACCACCAGUAUACUGAAAAGCACAGACUCGGAGGAACAACACAGAGGAACCAGUGUAUUUUUAAAGAAAGAGGAAGAAAAUAAUCCACCAUUUGAAGAUGACAAGUCAAAAUUACAGGAUAUCAUACCUCAACCUUUAUUAGACCAGUACUUGUCAAUGACUGACCCAGCUCGAGCCCAGACUGUUGAUACUGAAAUAGCCAAACACUGUGCGUAUAGCCUUCCUGGGGUGGCUUUAACACUGGGCAGACAGAAUUGGCACUGCCUCAAAGACACAUAUGAGACGCUGGCCUCAGAUGUACAGUGGAAGGUACGUCGGACACUAGCUUUCUCCAUACAUGAACUAGCAGUUAUUCUGGGGGAUCAGCUAACAGCUGCUGAUCUGGUGCCAAUUUUCAAUGGAUUCUUGAAAGAUCUGGAUGAAGUGCGUAUUGGUGUCCUUAAACAUCUGUAUGACUUUCUAAAGUUACUUCAUGCAGACAAAAGGCGAGAGUAUCUUUACCAACUUCAAGAAUUUGUGGUGACUGAUAACAGCAGGAACUGGAGGUUUCGUUACGAGCUGGCAGAGCAGCUGAUCCUGAUAUUGGAACUCUAUAAUCCCAAUGAUGUCUAUGACUACCUAAGACAUAUUGCACUAACUCUCUGCUCCGAUAAAGUUUCAGAAGUUCGGUGGAUCUCCUUCAAACUGGUUGUAGCAAUACUACAGAAGUUCUACGCAAACAAUGCAAAUGCACUGGGAUUAAAUUUCAUUAAUGAACUUGUAGUGCGGUUUCGACACAGCUCCAAGUGGGUUGGAAGACAAGCUUUUGCCUUCAUUUGUCAGGCUGUAGUAGAAGAAGAAUGUAUGCCUGUCGACCAGUUUGUUGAACACUUACUCCCCAGUCUUUUAAGUCUUGCUUCAGAUCCUGUGCCAAAUGUAAGGGUGCUGCUCGCCAAGGCUCUAAGGCAGACGCUGUUGGAGAAAGCUUACUUUAAAAGUGUUGGCAAUCCUCAUCUAGAAGCUGCAGAAGAGACCAUUCUAGCCCUGCAAUCUGACAGAGAUCAAGAUGUGUCCUUCUUUGCCACCAUAAAACUAAACCAGGGUAACGUGGACAAUACUACCAUUGAAAAACAUAACUAAUAUGUUGUUCUGCAGUAAACACUGAGCAUCAGAAUGGUUAUUCACUUUAUGGUUGCGGUUAGUAUGAAUAAUGUGGACAAAUAAGAAGGUUUUUGUUACCUACUUGAGCUGGAAAGGGUCU